AAUGAUGCUCUCCAAAGAAGACAAAGAGGCUGCCAAAUUGGGGCUUUCAGUUUUUACGCAUCAGCGCGUGGCAGACAGCCCGGAGGCCUCUGGCACAAAGAGAAAACCGGGCACGGACGAGAAGGCGGAGGAGGAGCGGCCCGAGAGCAGCAAGAAAUCAAAAAAGGAGAAGAAGAAGAAAAAGAAGAAAAAACACAAGAAAGAGAAGGAAAAGGAGAAACAUCACAAGAAGGAAGCAGCCGCCGCCACGUCCCCCUCCUCUCCAGAUCAUGAGGAAAGGUAAUAGAGCUGCUGCUGGCGUUCUCUUCCCUGGCAGUGUCUGUAGACCCCAGUCAGGGAUCGGGACCCUGUUGUGCAAGGCGCUGUACAAACAGAAGGGCAGUCCGAGACUCCAAAGCCAGACGGGGCCAUUAGCAGGGUUCCCUGUAAGGGGUGCGCACCAAGAGUUUCAUUUCCGCCCACCCCCUCAGCAGAGCCUUGCAGCUACGGCCCCAGCUACUCCGGGGGCGAGGCCGCGGCUGCAUGGCAGGUGACU